AUGGCUUCAACAACAACUGACGAUUCUACGACAUCAUCAUCAAGUUUUGAAAAACGUCUUACACUUGUUAAUAGUACUCAAGAAAGUGUUCAAACAUUAUCAUUAUGGAUUUUAUAUCAUCGUUCUCAAUAUGAACAUUUAAUAAAAACAUGGUUUAAAGUUCUAAAAAAAUCCAAACCAUUACAUCGUUUAACAUUAUUUUAUGUUGCUAAUGAUGUUAUACAAAAUGCUAAAAAACAUAAUGCAUUAGUUUAUCAACAAGCAUUUAAACCUUUUUUAAAUUCUUCAAUGAUUUAUGUUAAAGAAAAUGGAAUAAAAAAAAAAGUUCAACGUAUACUUGAAAUAUGGCGUGAACGUGGUGUUUAUGAUGAAGAUUUUAUUGAUGAAUUAUUAAAAAAGCUUGUUGGUACUGAAGUUUAUGAAAAAUGA